AUUCGCGAAAAACACUUGUCACCUGUCACCUUCUUCGCACAGUAAAACUUCUCUUUGGCUUUGUACCUCUCAUUUCCCCACUCUCUCUCUCUCUCUCUCUCUCUCAGUUCUCGAGCUCUGCAUAAGCAGUGGCCAUGUUUGCGUGCUUCGCGGACUACCUUAGCUUAUGCAGAGCCCCUCUCGCAAUUGGGUAUCUGUACCUCUAUCUGCUACUCUCUUCUGCCUUCUUAGCACAUGCACAGGAAUUCCAGGUGCUGGAAUCGUGUACAGCUGCUACAAAUUGUGGGCCUGGGCUUUUCUGUGGAAACUGCCCCGCUCUGGGCAAGAAUCAACCUGUCUGCACCAGAGGCCAAGCUAUCAUUCCCACCUCUAUUAUUGAUGGGUUGCCUUUUAACAAGUACACAUGGUUAGUGACUCAUAAUUCGUUUAGCAUCGUGGAUGCACCGCCUUUGCCGGGUGUUCAGAGACUGACAUUUUAUAAUCAAGAAGAUACUGUGACUAAUCAGUUGAGGAAUGGCGUAAGGGGACUGAUGUUGGAUAUGUAUGAUUUUGAGGACGAUAUUUGGCUCUGCCAUUCGUUUCGAGGGCAAUGUUUCAACUUCACAGCCUUUGGACCAGCAAUUAACACCUUGAGGGAAGUAGAAGCAUUCUUGAGUGAAAAUCCAACUGAGAUUGUGACCAUUAUAAUUGAGGACUAUGUGCAUACCCCAAAAGGGUUAACAAAGCUGUUCACUAAUGCUGGUUUAGAUAAGUAUUGGUUUCCUGUCUCCAAUAUGCCCAAAAAGGGUGAAGAUUGGCCCACUGUGACUCAGAUGGUGCAAGACAAUCACCGGCUUCUGGUUUUCACUUCUAUUGCUUCAAAGGAAGCAGAGGAAGGCAUUGCUUAUCAAUGGAAGUAUAUGUUGGAGAAUGAGUCUGGAGAUCCUGGGGUAAAACCAGGUUCGUGCCCGAAUAGAAAAGAGUCAAAGCCAUUGAAUUCCAGAAGUGCAUCUCUUUUCCUAGAGAAUUACUUCCCAACAUAUCCAGUUGAGAGUGAAGCCUGCAAAGAGCAUUCAACUCCACUUGCUCAGAUGGUUGGCACCUGUUAUAAAGCAGCAGGGAAUAUGAUGCCCAAUUUUUUGGCAGUCAACUUUUACAUGAGAAGUGAUGGUGGUGGUGUUUUUGAUGUUUUGGACAGAAUGAAUGGCCAGACAUUGUGUGGUUGUAGCACUGUGACUGCCUGCCAGGCUGGAGCACCUUUUGGAUCUUGCAAAAAUGUUGCCGUGCCUAGUACAAGUCCUGUAACAACUACUGCAGGAAGCUUUUCAGGAUCUGUUCAGUUUUCAAGAUCUGCAUCAACAGUCCAUUCUCCAAUAUUUUUUGUUUUCUACUUGUGUUCUCUUCCAUUGAUUGCACUUAUAUUUCGAAUGCAAUGAGUGAUUUAUGGGGUAGAUGGUUGGGUAGCUACUCCUUCAGUUAGACAGUUAGUGAGCUACUCUUUGGUAGAGUUUAUAGCGUCAGUGUGUAUUCUCCAGUCAGAACUGGUAUAACAAAUCCGUCUUACAGAGGAAGGUAAAGAAAUACUUGCCAGAGGUAUGAAGUGUGAUUGUGAACAAAGAACUUCUUAGAUUCUUAUGUGGAGGCAAAAAUUAAGGAUAGCAAGGGAAUCUGAGGUAGAUGGUGAUGGUGGCCAAGGAACACCUGGAAUAUCUCAAGAAGUGGUUCAGGUUUUCUGUAGGCCAUGUUCACCUGGAGUGUGAGAUUGAUAGGACAUGUAUUAAAGUGCUUCCACUGUUAUUACUAAGAUUUGUAUUUCAAUAUUCUUCUUUGUGUUUGCA